AAGAAAAGAGGGGAAAUGUACUAGGAACGGUGAAACUUUUAAAGAACUGGUAGUGAGUGUAUCGUUACUGAUAAGAGCUGACAGUUAUAAAGUGCUCUCGUCGGAAGAUUUUCCUUUCAGCCAAUACAGCCAUCCCACGGCAAACAACAGAGGAGGAAUCUAUAUUGAUUGGAGGAGACGCCUGAAUCAUGACCAAAGUUCACAUUAGUGACACAUUGUUCAACUGUUGUGGAGACCAAGCAUUUAUUUUAAGACAGCAUUCAAAAUGAGGGAUCAUGCUCGCUAAAUCUCCGCAGCAAACAGCUUUGUGUGAACUGUGUAGCCUAGUGUGUGUGAGUAGUGAUUACCGGCGGUGAGUUUUCGGAUCCUGAACAGAUCUGAAUGGAGCGGAGGGGAAGAGUUUGUGUAGCUGUGAUAGGGGCCGGGGCCGCAGGCCUCUGUGCCGCUCGACACAUCUUGUCUCACCCAGAGACUUUUGAUCCACCUGUUGUGUACGAAAUCACCGAGCAUGUGGGCGGCACCUGGUUCUAUGAGGAAAGAGUGGGAACUUAUGACAGUGGAUACCCCAUCCACAGUAGUAUGUAUAGGGACCUUAGGACCAAUUUGCCUAAGGAGGUUAUGAUGUUUCCUGAUUUGCCUUUUGAUGAGCACCUACCAUCUUUUUUGCACCACACAGCAGUUCAGGAGUAUUUGGAAAAAUAUUGUGAGAGGCAUGAUAUUGCUCCUUGUAUUAAGUUCAACACUGUGGUGGAAAAGGUGAAGCCUGUCUCCAUGGAGACAGAGAAGGGGGGAGCUGUGACGUGGGAGGUAAUUUCGUGCAACACAUGUGGAGACCGUAACACACAGACGUUCGACUCUGUGUUUGUCUGCAGUGGGCAUUACUCCGACCCCCACCUGCCCCACAUUCCUGGAAUAGAGCAUUUUAAAGGGAAAGUGUUACACAGUCACUCAUACCGCUAUCCAGAGCAUUUCGCAAACAAGUCAGUGGUGGUUUUGGGGGCCGGAGCAUCUGGUGUGGACAUUUCCAUUGAGUUAGCCCAAGCCGGUGCUCAGGUGAUUCUCAGUCAUAACAAACCAUCUCUGCCCUUCUCUCUGCCUUUGGGUGUCCACCAGGCUACCCCUGUUGGUAGGGUUUUGGAAGAUGGGUCUUUACAGUUCAAGGAUGGAUCAGUGACCCAGGCUGAUGUUCUUCUGCUCUGUACAGGAUACAAUUUUAACUUCCCAUUCCUCUGUCCAUCAGAACUGGGCCUGGAAAUACAGGAUCAUAUUAUGUUUCCGCUAUACAAGUUCUUGCUGCCCCCUGCCUUCCCUUCCAUUUUUUUUGUUGGCAUUUGCAAAAUUAUUUGCCCUUUUAUACACUUCAACUACCAGGUUCAAUUCGCCCUGGCUGUCCUUGAAGGUUCAGUCAAGUUGCCUACCCUGGAGGAGAUGGAGAAGGAAAUACAGGGUGAUAUGAAAAGAAAACAGGAGUCAGGUGUGCAGGUGAAGCAUCUGCUCCAUUUGGACUCUGGUCAAUGGGGUUAUUACUUGGAUCUGGCCAGAGCGGGUCAAUUCACACCUCCACAGCCAGUCAUUCAGAGCCUGUAUGAGGAGGUGGGCAGACAGAGGCGAAAACACCCACAGAAAUACAGACAGAUGAACUACAGGCUCAUUGAUGCCACACAGUGGGAGCUUUUGGAAGGCCAACCUGAACAAACAAAAAGUUUAGUGUAAAGACAAAUGUAUGAGAUUUUCACUGUUUACCUAUCAUCAGGGUUCCCACAUCUUUUGAAGAACAAAUCUGUAUUACUUUUCCAGUCAUUUGUGAGUACUAGACAAUAAAUGUUAAAAAUAAUUUAAUAGAUUUGCACUCACAAAGAUCAAUAUCUAGCCAAGGAAAUGUUUUAGAGCUUAACAUAACUAGAAAAAUGAACUUUUUAAGAAAAUUCAGAAAAAUGUACACUUUCUUUUUUUUUUUUAUCUUAACGACUAAAUGUAGGUAACAUUUUUACAGUAAUUGUUUUUAUUGAUUGUCACCAUAUAUGGUGAAAAAAUAAAAUCACAAUACAUGUCUUUUUACUGUAAAAUAUUGUCAUUUAUUUUGUUUUAAGUAAAAAGUAUUAAAUAUCUUGGUAACAC